UUUUGCGCCGAUAAAUCUUACCGGGUUCUUGAGCUCAUCGGAGAGGGCGCAUAUGGUAUCGUCUGUUCAGCAAUACAUCACCCUUCCCAACGCAAAGUAGCUAUAAAACGCAUAGCACCAUUUGAUCACUCCAUGUUCUGCCUUCGAACAUUACGCGAGAUAAAACUUCUUCGCCAUUUCCAAGUAUAUCUCGUUCAGGAACUCAUGGAAACCGACCUACAUCGCGUCAUACGUACACAGCAAUUGAGUGACGACCACUGUCAGUAUUUCAUUUAUCAGGCAUUACGUGCCUUGAAAGCACUCCACUCCGCAGACGUUCUCCACCGAGACUUGAAACCUUCCAAUUUGUUAUUGAAUGCCAAUUGCGACCUCAAGGUAUGCGACUUUGGUCUGGCUCGUUCCGCCCGACCGCCACCAAAUGUUGCUAAUGAUAGUAGCACUUUCAUGACCGAAUAUGUCGCGACUAGAUGGUACCGUGCACCCGAGGUCAUGCUUACUUUCAAAGAAUAUACUCGCGCGAUUGACAUGUGGAGCGUUGGUUGUGUCCUCGCCGAAAUGCUCAGCGGGAAACCUCUAUUUCCCGGACGUGAUUGUAUGAUAUUUCCCUUCAUCCUUUGUCUAGUUACUCACACAGAAUACAUCCGUGCACUGCCGUUCCGCAAGAGCAAACCAUUUUCCCAGCUCUUCCCAGCCGCCAACCCUCUUGCAAUAGAUUUCUUAGAGAAAUGCCUAACAUUCAGCCCAAGACGACGAAUAACUGUUGUCGGGCUCUACAACAAACCCUUACUUCGAAGUCUCCCAUGGCCGACCCCCAUCGACCCCUCCUUCUUCGACUUCGACAAUGGCGAGGCUCUAGAAAAAGAGGAUCUCAAGGAAAUCACAAAUGCGAAAGCAUCCCAUCCAUCACUCUUGUUGACCAAAGAUGCCUAAAUGUAUUUGAUAUUGAUACCCUCUAGUGUAGCAUCGUAUUCAACGGACCUGAUAUAUGUGGCACAAUAUUAGCAAGAAAUUCAAAGGCUUGACACGGGAGCUGCUAUUCAGGACAGUUACGCAUGGCAGCGAGUAUGUAGAGUGGGCGAAAUUGGACAGCCAAUAUUACCUUCACGUACCCGGCUCCAUAAUUAUAUGCGGUUCCUGCAG